UAGGAUCGUCGUCUGAACCCUUAGUGCCUAGGUGGCAUAUGGGGCCAAACCAUAGGAUACGAUUAGUUAAAUUGGCAUGGUUGGCACAGAUAUUGUGGGUCAAAGGGUCUGUUCUCAGUUCUCUGUUUCUUAUCAAUGACAGUUUAACUGAAAUGAAUCAUGUCCUUUUAGGUCUGCUUUCUUGGCAGAGAUAUUUGUCUUUUUCCAAGCGAUGAGAUUUGCCAUUGAGGAAAUUAAUAACUCAACUGAACUGUUGCCAGGCGUUACUCUAGGCUUUGAUGUUGCUGACAGUUGCCUUGAGGUUGUGGACAUCCAAGCCAUGUUCAGAUUCCUGUUGGCCAAAGAAGGAACAGAAGUGGAGUUAUUAAACAAUUAUACAUCCUAUCAGCCCAGGGUGAUUGCUGUUAUUGGACCACCAUCGACAGAUACAGCUAUUAUCAUUGCUAGAGUGUUAGGGUUUCUUCCUCAUUCCUCAGGUGAGUUUGAGCAUGAUAUUAGUUACCUGGCAUCUGGUGAGAUUCUGAGUGAUAAAAUACGUUUCCCAUCAUUUUUGCGGACCAUUCCAAGUGACAAGAAUCAAGCAGAAGCCAUGACUUUGCUGAUCCAGGAAUUCCGCUGGAACUGGGUUGCUGUCAUUGGUAGUGAUAAUGAAUAUGGGCACAAAGCACACAUGUGUUUUUUCAGUAUUGUCGUGGCUCAAAAACUUACUUCCAAAGUAUGGAUCAUAAGUGAAUCUAUUUCAUUAUCGGAGGAGAUAGCAAACAUACCAAAUAUUGAGACUAUUGGGACUGUUAUAGGCAUUGCAGUUAAGGAAGGGAAAAUGACCCACUUUAAGGAGUUCCUAGACAAAUCUCGGAAUGACAUUAAUUCAUGGACCAUGCCAGACCUGGAGAUGGGAAGAUGGACUAAGUACUUAAACUCUUCAUCGUACAAUGUGGAGAAGAGAAUCUCAUACAAUGUAUACUCAGCUGUAUAUGCUGUCGCCUAUGGUUUGCAUAGUCUGCUCCAGUGUAACGCAACACGCUGUGAUAAAACACGAAGUGUCCUCCCAUGGCAGGGUAGAUGGAACUUUAUCCUGUAUCUAACCUAUGCUAAUCCUCGGAGUGUAUCAUGGGAUAGUGUAGAGAGAGAGAUUUCAUAUCUAAUCCAUGCUAUAUCAACUUCAGGAGUCUUUGAUACUAAUUACAAUACUCCAGUUGUUAGGUCUGCUGGUGGUAGAAUGUGUUUUCUCAUGCUUAUAUCAAUGGUUUGUAGCUUUUCCUGUGUGUUUUUCUACAUUGAUAAACCAAGCAAAGUUUUCUGCCAAAUAAGGCAGCCAUUCUUCAGGGUGAGCUUCACCAUCUGCCUGUCCUGUAUCUUAGUCAGGUCUUUCCAAAUUGUCUGCAUAUUCAAGCUGGCCGCCAAGCUGCCUAAGGCCCAUGAGUAUUGGGUUAAGUAUAAUGGGCAGUACAUAUUCAUCUUCUUAAGCACUCUCAUCCAAAUCAUCAUUUCUGCCGUGUGACUAAUCACAGACCCACCCAGUCCUCAUGGCCACAUCAUCGAGGAAUCAAUUGUCCUAGACUGCAACACUGGUAAUAUCGUUGCCUUCUCUCUCAGUUUUCUUUACACUGUUUUUCUCACUGUAGCGUGUUUCCUUUUUGUUUACAUGGGAAGAGACCUACCAAAAAAGUACAAUGAGGCUAAGUUCAUCGCCUUCAGUAUGAUGAUCUGCUUUGUAUAUUACAUCCUGUUCAUGACAUCAAUGGUCACCCCCAAUCAGGAGAGGUACACCUCGUUCAUACAGACUUUCCUAACUGUCACUAGUGCCUUUAGUAUUGCUCUGGGAUAUUUUAUUCCAAAAUGCUACAUCAUUUUGUUUAUGCCACAGAAGAACACCAUGGUCUAUUUCCAAUCCUGCAUUCAGGAUUACACAAAGAAGCAGAAUGAAGCAAAUUAG